UUAUGGUGACGUCAUUGUAACUGGGAAGCGGGGAUCGGAGGUGAUCGACUAGAUAUCGAAAGUGAAUGAAAUGGAUGUCCGUUUGAUGUAAAUAAGAGAUUUUUGUUGGUGCAUGAAGUGUUGAUUCUCGCUAUAAUUAAAUAUCCAACUCAAAAAUGUCGUAUGGCUAUACGUAUCAAGACGAUCCGGACAAAUAUGGCGCCACAGCUUCGGAUCCGUUUGCCGACUCGUCGAUGUCCUUCUCUGAUGUUUCUAUAAGAGCUGGAUUUAUAAGAAAGGUCUAUUCUAUACUACUGUGUCAGCUAGCUGUUACUAUUGCAUUUAUUUGCUUUUUCCUUUAUUGCGAACCAGUCAAACAUUAUGCUCUUAGUCAUCCAGGGUUAUUUUAUGGGGCACUAGCUGUGACAUUUGUUACAAUGAUUGCCAUGGCUUGUUGUGAAAAUGUGAGGAGGACUUUUCCAACAAACUUCAUCUUUUUGUGUUUAUUUACRGUCUGCGAGGGCUAUCUUCUUGGUGCUGUAUCAAGUGUUUACAACAAAGAUGAAGUACUCAUGGCUGCUGGGAUCACAGCAGUUGUUGUUCUUGCAAUUACCAUCUUUGCCUUCCAAACAAAGUAUGAUUUCACCAUGAUGGGAGGAUUCUUGUUUGUCGCCCUCAUCGUUCUUAUCUGCUUUGGAUUCCUGACCAUUUUCUUUCACAACAGGGUGGUGAACAUUGUAUACGCCGCUCUUGGAGCUCUUCUGUUUGCCUUGUAUUUAGUAUAUGAUACACAGAUCAUGAUGGGWGGUGGCAAAAUGUAUUCCAUCUCUCCAGAGGAAUAUAUCUUUGCUGCACUUAACCUCUACCUCGACAUCAUCAACAUGUUUCUUUACAUCUUGCAGCUUGUCUCCGCUGCAUCAGGUGAUUGACAGUAACCAUUAGCAACAUACAGAUGUAAACUUUUAAAAAAUAAAAAUGCAGAAUGACAAUCCACAUUACAAAAAUAGGAAAUUAUAGUACUAAUAGACAGAGCUACAUUUUGUAGAUGUAGGAAAAUAGCAGCUAAUUGUUAGUUGACGUUGUUUUCUUCAUUUUUUGUUAUAUGAUUUUGUCCUUAUUCAAUCCUUUUGUCUUGUUCUCUAAUGUACACAAAUAAAUGACAAUUCCUAAAAUCUAGACUGGCUAAAUAUAAGCUCUAUAUUUAUAAUGUUUUUAAGUUCACACUAAAGUCAGUCAGUGACUAUGCUUGUGACUAUAAGUAUGCUUGUACUAGAAAAUUAGCGGAACUAUAAAAAUUGCAAAUACACUGUUUCGUUAGUGAAAUAGUGAGUKACGCUUGAGUGUAAAAUAAUCCAUCCAUGUUCGUCAAAGCUUUUAGAACUGUUAGUCCGCUCCAGCAGGUCGAAAGGAGGCCAGAACUGACCUACAAAGCUUUGUGUUUGCAAACUGUGUUCUUGUAAGUUUACUAGAUUUGAAUUGUGCAGAUACAUAGGGAGAAGAAAAAACAAAUUAUACAUCGUUAUCUGAGUGUACAAAUAUACUGUCCAGAAACUCUGGCGCAUAACCAGACCAGAAAUUAAGUCAGGAGUAUGUAAUUAUUUUAACAUUAAAUACAAAUUAAAAGAGACGUUGUAUGUUAAAAAGAAAUCCAAGAAGUACUUUAGAUAAAUAAAAAUUACGUGACCUAAGUA